AAGCUUGAGUGGUGGUCCCUGCAGAGCUGGCCUGAGCACUUGGGAGUUUCAGCCAUACAGGAGUACAACCUUCAAAUGCUGGCAAAUAUGAUGAUGAAAGUAGAAGAGCUGGUGACUGGGAAGAAAGCGGACGAUAAAGAGACUGGCAGCUUCCUCCCUGAGGACUUCAAAAAUGGAGAGUAUGAAGCUGCUGUAAGAUUAGAGAAGCAGGAUGACCUAAAGACAGUCUCUGUACACUCACUGAACCAAGAUGAUCUGGCUUAUGAGAAGAAGAAAAAAUUAGAAGCAGAGCUGAAGAAGAAGAAAUUAGAGGAGAGGUCAAAACUUGAAAACUUGGAGGAUCUUGAAAAAAUUAUUCAGCUGAAGAAGAAGAAAAAAUGCAAGAAAGUGAAAGCACCCAUUUCAAAGGAGCCUGAACCAGAAGUUAUUACAGAACCAGUGGAUAUACCUACAUUCUUUAGAGCUGCACUGGAGAAUAAGUUGCCAGUAAUUGAAAAAUACCUGUCAGACAAAGGGGAUCCAAAUGUCUGUGAUGAGUACAAACGCACUGCAUUGCACAGGGCAUGCUCUGAAGGACAUCUAGAAGUCGUGAAAAAGUUGGUGGAAGCUGGAGCCCGGCUUGAACAAAAAGACAUGCUUGAAUCUACAGCCCUUCACUGGGCAUGCCGGGGGGGGAACCUGGAUAUUCUGAAAUUCUUACUGGACAAAGGGAUAAACAGAAAUGCUAGAGACAAGCUGCUCAGCACCCCUUUGCAUGUGGCUGUGAGAACAGGUCAGUAUGACUGUGGGGAGCACCUCAUCGCCUGUGAAGCGGAUCUCAAUGCCAGAGACAGAGAAGGAGACACACCGAUGCAUGAUGCUGUGAGGCUGAACCGCUACAAAAUGAUCAGGCUUCUGAUUCUGUACGGAGCAGAUCUCACUAUAAAGAACUGCCAAGGGAAAACCCCUAUGGAUCUUGUUCUUCAGUGGCAGAAUGGCACCAAAGAGAUAUUCAACAGCCUGAAAGACAAGUCCUCUAAGAGCACCCAACUGGGCAAGUUCUGAAGAAAGAAAUCAGACCACUCUCUUUUUGCUCAUUUUAAAUGCUUCUAGGAACCUGGAGGAAAAUAGCCCUGAACAAAAUAUUUUAAAUGAAAAUAUUUAUGGCACUGGAUUAUUUGAGGUAUUUUCACUGAAAACUGAAAAACAAACAUGCAAAGAAAUUAUUUUAAAAGGCAGGUUGAGUGUUAAAAUUCUACUGGUUUUAAAAUGGCUUUAUUUAUUACUA